CAACCCGAUCCGUCCAUACCAAAAACCUAAACCCGGCAACGCUCUUCAUAAAACCAGGGUUUCGAAAGCAAAAAAUAAAUCCCAAUUGCGUUACCUUCUCUCUUUCUGCAAAUCCCCCUUUAUUACAACCGGUUAAAGAUUUAGAUGACAGAAACAUAUUUGGAGUGCAAUGAAUUACGGUUGAGGUCGUACACUAGACCGAUAUGGAGAUGGAUUACGUUUUGUGUAAUGUGAAUCUGGAUUUAUGUUUCAAAGGAACAGGGUAUCUUGGUUAUUGAUUUAUUUGUGGGUAAGUAAACAAAGACAUGUCUGGUAAAGAAGAAAAAGGCGGUGCACAAGAUGCAGCCGAAAGAAUCAAGGCCGCCACCCUGUCAGCCGCCAAGGGUCUAAGCCGAUCUCAAGCCGAACGUGCAGCAGCUGCUGCAGCGCGAAACGUAAAUGCUUAUGGUCAAAAAGAAGAAGGACCAAGUAGAUGGCAAGAAAGAAAAGAAGCAAAAAGACAAAUGUAUUUAAUGAGUACAGAAAAGCAAGUGAGACUGGGUGAAAGAAAAGACCAAAAAGCUUCAAUGUCAACCGCCACCAACUGUCAGAAAUGUUUCCAGCCUGGACACUGGACUUAUGAGUGUAAAAACGAACGGGUUUACAUUUCCCGACCCUCACGCACACAGCAGCUUAAAAACCCCAAACUGAGAAUGCGGGGCCAGGUCUCGUAUGAUUUGGAUCACCCGGAUGUUGAAAAAGACGUGAAAGCGGAUAAGAGCGUUAAGAAGAAGAAGCAUAGUAGUAGCAGUAGUCGUAGUAAAGGUAAGAAUAACAAGAGGAAGCAUAGGUCUAGGUCGGAAUCAGGUAGUGACAGUGAAGCUUCGGUGUUUGAAUCUGAUAGCGAGUCUUCAUCAGUUACCGGGUCGGGUUCUUCUGACGAGAGUGAUUCCAGCGACACUUCAUCUUCUGAUUCUGAGGACUCUAGAAGGAGAAGUAAGAAGAACAAGAACAAGAAAAAGACGAAAGAGCAGAGGAAAAGGAAACACCGUAGGCACAGUUCGAGUUCUGAGUCAGAAUCUGAGUCGGAGUCGGAGUCCGAAUCAGAAUCUGAUUCAGAUGAUAGCAGAAGCCGGAGGAAGAGCAAAGGGAGUAGCAGAAGACACUGAAGGUUCGAAUAAGGCAAAUUCAGGUUAAUGGAGCAUCUAUUCUUGUUAUUUACUACUGUUGUUUGGCACACUUUAUGUGUAUUGUUUGAACUUAAAUUCCUUAUCCUCCCUGUGAUACUUUAGCAUUAUGAAUGAUGGGUUGACUUUUUGAACCGUUAUCAUUGUUGAAAUAUUUACAUGAUAAUGUGGCUUGCAAUAAAUAACAGGUGAUCUUGGACAAA